UUUGAUGAGGCUUAGAACUCUUUAUUACCUCUUGUUUUUUCCUGCUAUCUAAAUUGAUGUUUUGUUUUAUCUGGGAAACUAAUAAAGAGAGGAGCAAAAAUUUUGCGAAGCAGUUUUUUGUCCUACAGUUGGUGAGAGAUAUGGCUUAUGUUGCUGUGAUUUCUCUCUUACGAACUCUAGAGCAACUUGGGCAGCUGCAGCCUCAUUGGAUAAGUGCUGAAACAAGAAUAAUGGUGGACUCUCUCCUUGUUAGUCUUGAAUAUUUCCAAAACUUUCUCGAGAACACGAGCAAGAGAAGUCAAGAUCAUGGACAGAUUAAAGAGCUGGAGAGAGAUAUUAGAACUGUAGUAAAUGAAGCAGAGGAUGUGAUUGAACUAAAGAUAUAUGAAACUAAUCAACUGGAUCGAACGAUGGCAAGCAAGGGAUUAUGUGAAAUCUUACCUCCACUUGUAGAAAAGAUUGACCUUGUGAAAAGGGAGGUGAUGGGAUGUAGUUUCAGUACAGAUAAAAUCCAUGGCUAUGGUGAUCCAAUGAAUGAGAAUCUGCAGCUGGGUCAUUCAUCUAGACAAGUUGCAAAUCUGAAUCUAGAAACUACUGUUGUAGGCCUUGAGGAUGACUUGAUGAAAAUCAAGAGAAGAUUAACAGGGCCCCCAUCUACUCGAGAAAUUGUCCCGAUUCUGGGAAUGGGGGGGAUAGGCAAAACGACACUUGCUAGAAAGGCAUACGAUGAUUCUGAAAUCAGGCACCGGUUUGAUGUCCAUGUUUGGGUGACAGUUUCUCAAGAAUACCGAAUUAGAGAUUUGUUGUUAGGUGUUCUUUCUUGUACUUCAGAUGAGAUCAAAGAGACUGAUGAUCAACUGAUGGAUAUGAUAUACAAAAACUUAAAGCGUAAGCGGUAUCUAGUUGUCAUGGAUGAUAUUUGGAGUAAUGAUGUCUGGGAUCUUAUGACAAGAACUUUUCCAGACGACAACAAUGGUAGUCGAAUUAUUUUGACUAGUAGGCUUAAAGAUCUGGCUAUUCAUGCUGACCCUGACAGCCCUCCUCAUGAGAUGAGACUCUUGAGUUCAUAUGAAAGUUGGAAGUUACUUCAUGACAAGGUGUUUGGGGUAGAACAUGAGAUUUGUCCUCCUGAACUAAAGGACAUCGGGAAGCAAGUAGCACAAAAAUGCCAAGGACUACCUUUAGCUCUUCUAAUUGUUGCAGGACAUCUCUCUAAAAUUGCUAGAACACCAGAAAGUUGGGGAGAUGUUGCCAAAAGUGUAAGUAAAGUUGUUGCUCAUGAAUCAGAUAUAUGUCUAGGAGUGCUUGCUAUGAGUUACAAUUACUUACCUAAUCACCUUAAACCAUGUUUCCUUUACAUGGGAGUCUUUCCAGAAGAUAGCGAGGUUAACAUUGUGACAUUGAUCAACUUAUGGGUUUCUGAGGGUUUUCUAGGGAAAGAAAAGCUCAAAAGCAUGGAACAAAUGGGAAGAGAUUGUUGGGAGGAUCUUGUUAGUAGGCAUCUGAUAAUGGUUAGAAAGAGGAGAUUUAAUGGCGAGGCGAGAACAUGUGGUGUCCAUGAUCUGGUUCGCGACUUGAUUUAAAGAGAAGCUGAGAAAGAGAUGUUCUUGCAGGUUACUAGAACUCACGAAGGCACGAAUCCUUCGGCAAAGAAGCUUCAUGUUCGUCGCU